AUGGCUCCCAUUUCAAUAAGCAAAGGCACCGGCGGCGACUCCGACCCGCAGUCCUUCACCCAAAUGGCCGACCGCGAUCUCGAAUCCAUCGGCCGCCACUGCCAAUUUGAAUACUGCAACCAACUAGAUUUCCUUCCCUUCCGCUGCGAGUCCUGCCGCGGGACAUACUGCCUUGACCACCGUACUGAAACCGCACACCAGUGCCCGAACGCCGGCGAAUGGGCCCGCCGCAGGAACGCCUCCCGCGAGAACACUCCCACCACAGCGACGCAGAAGCCCACAAUUUACAACUCCGAUCAGUGCGCGCACUUGUCAUGCAAGACACUCAUUAAUACGCUGAAAGACCCUGGUGUGCGGUGUCCGGAUUGUCGACGGGAAUAUUGCCUCAAGCAUCGGCUGCGCGAGGAACAUGAUUGCGCCAAGAGACUAGGCGGCCGUGGUGCUGGUGCUGGUGCGGGGAUGGCACCGAACGAAACGAUCAAAUCUAUGUUUGCGCGUGUGCGUUCGUGGGGCAAGGACAAGAGUCAGGCCGCGGUGCAGGUUGCGGCCGCUGCGAAGCCGAAACCGAAGCCCAAUAGUGCAGCUGCGCGGAUUGUGCAGGUGAAUACGAUGAAGAAGGCGGCUAAGGGGGAUGCGAGUGUGCCCGCGGACAAGCGCAUAUAUCUACAUGUUGUCGGCACGUCGGAGACGCAGACGGCUGACGCGCCAAACGGGGAUUUCUGGUUCGACUCGCGGUGGAAGGUUGGGCGGGUACUUGAUGAUGCGGCGAAGAGGCUGAGGGUUGAGAAUAUGAACAAUCGGGCUGGAGAGGAGGCGCGGCUGCGGUUAUUCCAUGUUGAGUCUGGGGAGUUUUUGGAGUUUGCGGAUGCGAUUGGGGGUGGCAAGGUAAAGACGGGUGAUACGAUUGUUUUGUUAAGGGGUGCUGGGGUCAUGCUGGGGAAGUGA